AUGAGCGAAGAAAAAUACCAAAGCCCAUCCGCACCACGGUUUUCACCUGUGCAGCUUUAUCAGCACCACAGCAGAACUUUAAAGUGUGUGCUUUGGCUCUUUACAGAAAGUGUGGACUAUGGGCCAGUGUUUGUACAGGAACCAGAGGGCGUCGUCUUCCCAACUGACGCUGAUGAGAACAAGGUAGCCCUGAACUGUGAAGUCCGUGCCAACCCAGUUCCCAGUUACAGAUGGCUUCGGAACGGAACACAAAUUGAUUUGGAAAGUGAUUAUCGCUACAGUUUGAUAGAUGGCACCUUUAUUAUAAGUAAUCCAAGUGAAGCAAAAGAUUCUGGCCAAUAUCAGUGUUUAGCAACCAACAGUUUUGGAAGUAUUCUUAGUAGAGAAGCCACACUUCAGUUUGCCUAUCUGGGAAAUUUUAGUGGCCGGACAAGAACUGCGGUGUCUGUGAGGGAAGGCCAGGGGGUUGUCCUGCUGUGCUCUCCUCCACCCCACUCUCCAGAGAUCAUCUACAGCUGGGUAUUCAAUGAAUUCCCUUCCUUUGUGGCGGAAGACAGCCGACGGUUCAUUUCCCAGGAGACGGGCAACCUUUAUAUUUCCAAAGUGCAAACAUCAGAUGUCGGAAGCUAUAUUUGUCUGGUGAAAAACACAGUGACGAACGCGCGGGUUCUCAGUCCCCCAACACCGCUCACGCUGCGUCACGAUGGUGUGAUGGGAGAAUAUGAGCCUAAGAUUGAGGUCCACUUCCCUCUCACGGUCACAGCCGCUAAGGGAGCAACCGUUAAGCUGGAGUGCUUUGCUCUUGGCAAUCCUGUUCCAACCAUCACCUGGAUGAAGGUUAAUGGCUAUAUUCCUAGUAAGUCACGACUGCGGAAAUCGCAGGCAGUGCUGGAAAUACCGAAUGUGCAGCUGGACGAUGCAGGCAUAUACGAAUGCAGAGCUGAGAACUCUCGCGGGAAGAACUCAUUCCGUGGACAGCUGCAGAUAUACACCUACCCACUCUGGGUAGAAAAACUGAACGACACCCAGCUGGACAGCGGGAGCCCUCUGCGAUGGGAGUGCAGGGCCACCGGGAAGCCCAGGCCCACGUACCGCUGGCUGCGGAAUGGAGCGCCCCUCGUGCCGCAGAAUAGGGUUCACGUGGUCAAUGGAGUUCUGAUGAUCCACAGCGUAAACCAGUCAGACUCUGGGAUGUACCAGUGUUUGGCUGAAAAUAAACAUGGAGCCAUCUAUGCCAGCGCCGAGCUGAAGGUUCUAGCUUCAGCUCCUACUUUUGCACCGAAUCAGUUGAAGAGAACAAUAAUCGUUACCAAAGACCGUGAAGUCGUCAUAGAGUGCAAACCCCAAGGCGCUCCCAAACCAACCAUCUCUUGGAAGAAGGGAGACAAGGCAGUCAGAGAGAGCAAAAGAAUAGCUAUUCUUCCAGACGGGAGCCUACGGAUCCUAAACGCUUCCAAAUCAGAUGAAGGGAAGUACGCCUGCCACGGGGAAAACAUCUUUGGUUCUGCUGCAAUUGCGGCCUCAGUGUCUGUGAAAGAACCCACAAGGAUAGAGCUUACUCCAAAGAGAACAGAGCUGACGGUGGGGGAGAGCAUCGUCCUUAACUGCCGAGCCAUUCACGACGCGAGCUUGGAUGUCAGCUUCCACUGGACGCUGAAAGGACAGCCCAUUGACUUUGAGAAAGAUGGGGGACACUUUGAAAGCAUCAGGGCUCAAGCAUCCUCUGCAGAUUUAAUGAUCAGGAACAUCCUUCUGAUGCAUGCUGGGAGAUAUGGCUGCAGGGUACAGACCACAGCAGACAGUGUGUCAGAUGAGGCAGAACUUCUUGUUAGGGGUCCCCCAGGCCCACCAGGGAUAGUAAUUGUUGAGGAAAUCACUGAAAGCACAGCCACACUGUCCUGGACUCCAGCCGCUGACAACCACAGUCCCAUCUCCUCCUACAACCUGCAGGCUCGCAGCCCCUUCUCCCUGGGCUGGCAGACUGUGAGGACAGUCCCAGAAACCAUCACAGGAGACAUGGAGUCAGCCGUGGCCGUGGACUUGAAUCCCUGGGUGGAGUAUGAAUUCCGAGUGGUGGCCACCAACCCAAUUGGGACCGGAGACCCAAGCACUCCGUCACGAAUGAUCCGCACAAACGAGGCAGUUCCAAAAACAGCACCCACCAAUGUAAGCGGAAGAAGUGGAAGAAGACACGAGUUGGUCAUUGCCUGGGAGCCAGUGUCUGAAGAGUUUCAGAAUGGGGAAGGCUUUGGCUAUAUUGUGGCUUUCAGACCCAAUGGAACGCGGGGAUGGAAAGAAAAAAUGGUGACAUCCUCUGACGCUUCCAAAUUCAUCUAUCGGGAUGAAAGUGUGCCUCCGCUGACUCCCUUCGAAGUGAAAGUUGGUGUUUAUAAUAACAAAGGCGACGGCCCUUUCAGUCCAAUUGUGGUCAUCUGCUCAGCUGAAGGAGAGCCCAGCGCCGCUCCCACGGAUGUCCAGGCUACCAGCAUGUCUGUGUCAGAGAUCCUUGUUGCAUGGAAGCACAUUAAAGAGAGUCUAGGAAGACCGCAGGGAUUUGAGGUUGGUUACUGGAAAGACAUGGAACAGGAGGAUGCAGCAGAAACCGUCAAAACCAGGGGGAACGAGUCAUUCAUCAUCCUGACAGGAUUAGAAGGAAAUACGCUGUAUCACUUCACAGUGAGGGCUUACAACGGAGCCGGGUACGGGCCACCAAGCAGCGAAGUGAGUGCCACCACCAGGAAACCCCCUCCUAGCCAAGCGCCUAGCCACCUCCGGUGGGAGCAGCAAGGGCCCCAGGUUUCUCUGGUCUGGGAACCUGUGAGACCUUUAGUCAACGAAUCGGAAGUCCUGGGCUACAAGGUCUUCUACAGGCAAGAAGGUCGCAGUGACAGCCAAGUUAUUGAAACGCUAAAACCUCAAGCAGUAGUGCCACUCCCAGAAGCUGGAGUCUACAUUAUUGAAAUCCGAGCAUACAGUGAAGGAGGGGAUGGAACAGCCAGCUCCCAAAUCAGGGUUCCAUCAUACUCAGGCGGGAAGAUCACGAGCGCUCAGCCGGCCCUGCGCUCCCUCUCCUCGUCGUCGUCCGUGCUGCUGCUCCUGGCCCUGCUGACCCCUUCAGCCUCCUGGUGAAGCUGCUCGCUUGCUCUGCUCUGCUUUGCUUUAGCUUAAAAACAGCAGUGAAUCGAAUGUAGUGUGCGUGGAGGCCAGGACCCAGGACGAGCUGGAGGACUCUGGGGCCACACAGGGCGCGCGCAGGCGGCGGCUGGGGCGGCGCUCCUUGGCCAUCAGGUUUCUCUUUGUUUUUGUAAAUGGAGAGGACAGGUCUUGGCCCACUGGAAAUAUGCAGAUGGUAUGUAAUGAAUUUUUGUAAGCAAAGAUGAUUUCUGUCAAAUGUAUUCUUAAUUUUAUAUAGGUGAAUUUGAUUUUAUAUCUGAUGACUGAGAGUGUGCCAUCUAUUUAUUAAGGAAGUGGUCUCGACCAGAUCUAUUUCAAAAACAGAUACAAUAUUGAGGAUGGAAAGUUUUCUUAAACCUCUGAAUCCAGCGUUUUUCUUUUUCCCUUCACCUGACUAUGACAAUUGCCAAACCUGCAGGAGAUACGGAAAAUACUUUGGCUAUGAGAUCCAUUAUAGGAUA